AUGGGUAAUAAGCAGACGAUAUUUACUGAUGAACAGCUCGAUGCCUACCAGGAUUGCACAUUCUUCACUCGGAAGGAAAUCCUUCGGUUGCAUGGCCGAUACCAUGAAAUGGCACCAAACGUUGUGCCCAUGGACUAUACAAAGGACCCAGAUGUUAAACUACCUAUGCAACUUAUAAUAAACAUGCCUGAGUUAAAGGAGAAUCCCUUCAAGGAAAGGAUUGUGGAAUCUUUCUCAGAAGAUGGAGAGGGGAGCCUCAGCUUCAAUGAUUUUGUGGAUAUGUUCUCUGUCCUCAGUGAAAUGGCUCCCAGAGAGCUUAAAGCAAUCUAUGCUUUCAAGAUCUAUGAUUUUAACACAGAUAACUUCAUCUGUAAAUCAGACUUAGAAAAAACUCUCAAUAAGCUGACCCGAGAAGAGCUAACAGCAGAAGAAAUAACUCUAGUUUGUGAAAAAGUGAUAGAAGAAGCUGACAUGGAUGGUGAUGGGAAACUAGGAUUUGCAGAUUUUGAAAACAUGAUUUCCAAAGCACCGGACUUUCUCAGUACUUUCCACAUAAGAAUCUGAGGAUGUUUCUGAGAGCCCGUGUUAUCAGAAAUGACUUGCUGAUCCAGCCUUUCUGAAUCUCAGGCACUCUGGGGGCUUUUGUCCUCUAAUUUUGGCUUCUUAGAACUCAGCAGAAAGUACUGAAAUAAUUCUGGUCCACAAGAGACAGGUGCAUCAUGUGAUUUACAGGAUAUUUGGAACAGUCAUAUUUUUAUCUUCACUGCUGGCCAAGCACCCUGGCAAAGAUGGUUGGUUGUUGGGUUCUUCAUUUUCUCUUUUUUUUUUUUAAAAAAAAAAGAUGGGCAGAAUCAGAAUAUUAUUAAGGAUAUUUCACAUAGAUUUUAUAUUUAUGAAUAUUUAGUACUGCUCUUGAAAGUGCAAAAAAAAAAAAAAGUUUGACAGAAAUAUUAGCUUUGGUGACUU